GGAAUAUCGCAAAACAUCGAACUAAUAAUUUGAUAAAAAAAGACGUUAAACAAACUUUGUUAAUUAUUAUUCUAUUUUCAUGCAUAUUUUUAAACCAAAGUUUGAAAACUCAGCUUUAAACCAAUUAUGGGCAUUAAAAAUCUGUGGAAUUUGUUGACGCCGUACUGUGAAAAGAAGCCGCUGUUCCAAUUGAACGGUAAAGCGGUUGCGAUCGACCUAUCCGGUUGGGUGUGCGAAAGUUUGAAUGUGGUCGAUUAUUUCGUCCAUCCACGGUUCUAUCUGAGAAAUUUGUUCUUCCGCACUUGUUAUUUGCUGCAAACUGGAAUCAUACCGGUGUUCGUGCUAGAAGGUUCUGCACCGCCCCUAAAGUAUGGAGUUAUUAUCAAACGGAACCAACUGCAGUUCCGAGGAGUACGGCCACGCAAAGCUACCGAUUGUGAUAAAGACGGAAAGCAGAAUGGUGCGAAUAAUGUUGCACGAAAGGCACCGACCGAGCAGAAGCGUAACCGCUUCCAUCAUGUGUUGAAGCAAUGCGAAGAACUGCUCAGUUCAAUGGGAUUGGUUUGUGUCCAGGCACCCGGUGAAGCGGAAGCUCUUUGUGCCUAUCUAAACCAUGAUGGGCUGGUGUACGGUGUGAUUAGCCAGGAUUCGGACUGCUUUGCCUAUGGAGCCGUUAGGGUAUUUCGAAAUUUUUGUGCUUCCCAAAAGGGAGGUUCGGUGGACAUUUACGAUAUGGAUAAGGUUCGGCAGGUGCUAGAUCUGGAUCAGGAGAAAAUAGUAGCAAUGGGAUUACUGUCGGGAUGCGAUUAUUGUCCUGCUGGAGUGCCGGGUGUGGGCAGGGAAAUGAUUAACAGAUUACUAACUUGUUGCCUCAGUAGUGAGAUAUUGGGUAGAAUUCGAUCGUGGCGCAAAUCGGCACAGACAUUAACAGAGCUUGAGCUGAAAGUGGACGAUAAAAAUGUAUGUGCCGAUUGUGGGCACUGUGGCAAAACGUUUCUCCACCGUCGAGCUGGCUGUCAGGAUUGUAGAACAAAAAGUGGAUGUGAUGAUUCGCGGUGGAAAAAUAAACGCACCAAUAUCAAAACUGAGUUGGACAUCAAGAGGAAGGCGCUAUUGGAUCCGGGAUUCCCAUCAGAGGCCAUCAUCAGUGAAUUCAUGGAGCGGACAUGCGAUCUACCCACGUUAGAUUUGGAGUGGAGGCAACCGAAUCUCGUGAAGUUUAUCCUCAACAUUGCAAAUCUUCUUCAGUGGAAUGAAAUGUAUAGCUUCCUGAAGCUGUUUCCCCUUUUUACUCGCUGGCAAUUGGUUGCGCUCAGUAGGAACCCAUCACUUGGUAUCAGUAUAAGUAUCAAACCAGCUUAUAUCAAGAAGAAGCGAUCGCCAAAAGGCGUUGCCAGUUAUGAAAUUGUUUGGCAAGAUGAUAGCUCCAUUUUCUCCGGUUUGAUCCCGGAUGAUCAAUUGCAAGCAUUUUUAGACGAAGCAGGAAACAGUGAAGAGUCACUGUGGAGCACAAUCGAGCCUCAGGAUCUAGUUUCUACCGUUUAUCCAGACCUAGUUGAAUCGUUUGUAGCAUCGAAGACAAAGCCGAAAAGAAACCCGAAAAGGACGCCCAAGAAACGAUCGGAGAAAAAGACGAAUGAUACCAAACAAAAGCGUUUGGAAGAAUUUAUGAAUGUCAUAACCAAUGCCAUCUCGCAGCAGGAUGAAUCCGAGGUAGGCGCACCUGAGCUACUGAGUUCACCACUACCCAUUCCAGCAUCUAAGAUGAAUUUAAAUCGAAGCUUGGCCGACAUGUCGAUUGAUUCCAUUGAUUUGGAACGCAUAGCAAAUGAAUUGCCAGAGGAUGCCGAUUGCAUGAACUUGUCGGAAGUCAUUGAUCGUAUUUGUGACCCUGCGUACGGCCGUGAGUCUCAAGUAGAGAACAACAUUCCAUCAUCAAACGCCAUGAAGGAACUGCUUUCGAUGAGUGUUCGGUUUGAUGUUGAACACGAUGACGAGAGUGAUGAUGAAUUCGAUAAUCAGAACGUUCAACGAAGGCUGCUUUUGAAACAGGACAUUCUGGGCGAUGAUCCGGAUUUGGCGAACCAAUCGUUGCUGAACAAAUCUACGGUGCCGCGGAAAAGGAAAAGUUUCUUCUUCGAGUCGAUUGAUGUCCCACCUCCGGACCUGCAGGAUGGAUACAACGAGAUGGACAUGUUCGAGUGUUCCCUGAUGUUAAAGGAUCAGAUUGUGGUGCCAGUGCCGGAUGAAAUGAAUCAAACCAUUGUUUAUGACUUGGACUUUUGAAUGAAAAUUUUUAUUCCUGUUAUUUAC